UAUCCAAAAGCUUCACAGGCAAGUUGAGUGUUUAGCGCGUUUUAGCGCAUCAAGCUCUCGAGCACAUCGGAGGUUUCGUGAGAGGAGCUCAACGCGCUCCACUUUUAAUCAGAUUAGGAGCCUUUAAUGUUCAAUCCUUUUUUCCCUUCCCUACAGUAGCGGUGCAGGAGUGGCCAAAGCCAAAAGCAGCGAUUCAGAUCAGAUUUCACCUAAACCAGCUGGGAGAGAGACCGAGAGAGAGAGAGGGUUUGUCAGUCUCCCUCCUCCCAAAUCCAGAAAAUCUUACCAAGGAAGAAAAGAGGAGUGUCGGGGGUGAGAGAGACGCAGAGGAAUCUAGAGGAAUUUCCGAGGAUAUUUUCCCCUUAUUUUUUUUCUCCCUCCACCAAUUUUUUUUAAAUCUCAUAAUAAAAUUUAAAAGUUGGAAGUGAGGCAGCGGGGACCGUGGUCAAGGAUGGACGAUCAGCCGCGGUUGAUGCACUCCCACGGGGUAGGCAUGGCCGGACACCCCGGCCUGGCGCAGCAUAUGCAGGAUGGCACGGCGGGGACGGACGGAGAGGGAAGAAAGCAGGACAUCGGAGACAUAUUACAGCAAAUAAUGACCAUCACAGACCAAAGCUUGGACGAAGCACAGGCGAGGAAACAUGCACUGAACUGCCACAGAAUGAAACCUGCUCUUUUCAACGUCUUGUGUGAAAUUAAAGAGAAAACAGUGCUCAGUAUCCGCGGCGCCCAGGAGGAGGAGCCUCCAGAUCCUCAGCUGAUGCGAUUGGACAACAUGCUGCUGGCGGAGGGCGUGGCUGGGCCAGAGAAAGGCGGUGGGUCAGCAGCUGCAGCAGCCGCCGCAGCAGCCACGGGCGGCGUGGGAGCUGACAACUCUGCAGAGCACUCCGACUACCGAGCCAAGCUGACCCAGAUCCGACAGAUUUACCACACAGAGCUGGAGAAGUAUGAACAGGCGUGCAAUGAGUUCACCACCCAUGUGAUGAACCUGCUGAGGGAGCAGUCUCGAACACGACCCAUCUCGCCCAAAGAGAUUGAGCGCAUGGUCAGCAUCAUCCACCGCAAGUUCAGCUCCAUCCAGAUGCAGCUAAAGCAGAGCACCUGCGAAGCCGUCAUGAUCCUGCGCUCACGCUUCCUUGACGCCAGACGAAAGAGGAGGAACUUCAACAAACAGGCCACAGAGAUCUUAAAUGAGUACUUUUACUCCCACCUCAGUAACCCUUAUCCCAGCGAGGAGGCCAAAGAAGAGCUGGCCAAGAAGUGCGGCAUCACAGUGUCACAGGUAUCAAACUGGUUUGGGAACAAAAGAAUCCGAUACAAGAAAAAUAUUGGCAAGUUCCAAGAAGAGGCCAACAUGUAUGCAGCGAGGACCGCGGUCAACGCCACCAGUGUGUCGGCUCACGGCAGCCAGGCCAACUCGCCGUCAACUCCCAACUCAGCAGGUUCUGCUGGCUCUUUUAACAUGUCAAACUCCGGAGACUUGUUCAUGAGUGUUCAGUCCCUCAAUGGGGACUCGUACCAAGGGGGGCAGGUUGGGGCCAACAUACAAUCCCAGGUGGAUACCCUUCGCCAUGUUAUCAGCCAGACCGGAGGAUACAGUGACAGCCUCGCAGCCAGCCAGAUGUACAGUCCACAGGGCAUCAACACAAACGGUGGCUGGCAAGAUGCUCCGACUCCUUCGUCAGUGACAUCGCCCACAGAAGGACCCGGGAGCGUUCAUUCGGAUACUUCCAACUGAAUAUAUCCAUCUCCACACCUCAUCAACACAUUAAAACAUGAACUGACCUUCUUAUUCACAGUAUUAAACAAAGGAAUUUACUGACCCACAGUUUGGAGAGGUACUGUGAAAUCCUAACCAGAAAAAAGAAAUGUUUCCUCUGCGUAUAAUGUUGGACAUUUGAGAUACAAAGAAAAAGUUUGACAAUAAAACUCCAAAAAUACCACAAUCAAUAAAGACGUUUGUACAGAUUUCACUUAUAUUCAGAGGGCUGGGGUUACUUCUUCGCUCAUAAUGUUUUCACUCAUAAUGUUGAAAUGUUAUAACGUAAAGAAAUCCAAUCAUUGGUUUUAAUGGAAAAUACUUCAUUCUACCUCUCAGCCACUAAAAAAGUAGGAAAAAUAUGUCAGUGACCAUUAUUUGUUUUGUAAAAAUGAAAUUUUUGUCUUUGCCAGCAGGAGGCACAUCUUCUUACUUACAUUUUGUUGUCUCUCACCUAUUCUAUGGUACGCCAUUUAGACUUAAAUAUUGCUCAGUUGUUUACAAUGUGUGCUUGAUAAAAGUAUGUUCAUCUUCCCCCGCUGUCUCCGACGAGUCGAAACAGAGGAGAUUUGACCUCUAAGGUAACCCUGUGAAGUAUGUUAUCUGUAAAACAAUAAAGAAAUACUUGUCAUCAAAAUGGACAAGCUUCACAUCAUUUAUUAAUAUCAGUUAUCGAUCUAAAAUUAGCUACUCCUAUCUCUGCUGUUUUUGGUUCUGCAGCUUGUUGGUAGAGUUACACUAUAGGAUUCAUCAAAUGCAAACUUCAUAUAUAAACUUUUGCCUUUAACUGUUCUUAUUUAUUUUUUUCUUUUUGAUUCUUUAAUUUUCUACUCAGCUCCUAAGGCUACACAUGCAAAAAAAUAAUUUAGAUGCAAAAGCAAACCUAUCCCUUGUGCACUACAAACUAUACUGUAAUCAUGAAGUUGUCCAUGCUCAAGAGAAACUGUUGCAUGCAAAAUUUCUCACUAUCACCAGAGAGUUUCCGCUGCUACUUUUUCUCGUUGGUGAACUUAAUGUUUAUCUAGCCAUCUCUGUCUGAGCCCUUACAGGCAAUGAGAAGAAGUUGAUUUAUGUGUUAGUAUGAUUAAAAAUAAAUAAAUAAAUAAAAGACUUUUAAAAUGCAUGUAAACAUGUUAGUCUGACUGAAAUUGGACUAAAUAAAACGUUUCAUAGUUGGACUAACACACCUCUGACAGUGCAGUCAGAGAUAAAUCCACACUUCAUUCACACGCACCUCAGUCAGACCAGACUGGACUGGGUGUUGUGCAGGUUUCACAGUUUUCAUGCCAGCCUUUGUCCUGGAAGUCAAUAAGCAUGAAGGCUAACCAUUGCAGAGGUUGCAUUGUUGUCUGACUUCUAACUUCACUAAAAGCUAGAGGUAUAGUGUGAAUUGUAUUUGUGCCAAAAGUAAAGCACAGAGUAUGUGUGAAAUGCUAUCCAUGCUUUCACCGUUCAUCGGUCUAUUGCUUGCCAUCUUUUUAGCAGCUUGUUGCUGACUUGUAAGCAUAGUCUACAGGAAGAAGGUUCAUGGUAAUUAGGGUUGCCAACUGCCCUGUAUUAGCUUGGACAUCCUGUAUUUCAAACUAAAUUUGUUUGUCCUGAGCCAGGCACCCCUUGUCCCAUAUGUGGAUAUUACUUAUGUGCAAACACCAAACCAUCAUCAAUCAUCUCACAUACCGUUCAUCUCUGACGCCUUAUAUCUCAGAACAGAGAUACACGCUCAAACUUUGGCAACUUAAGAUUAAGGCAGUGGUUAAGAUCCCAAAAGCUAAAAACUGACCUUAAAAAUCUGACUUCCAAAUGUUGAACAGGAAGAAAUCUCUUCCUCCAUGAAAACAUUCUAACACAGCAAGCGUAGCUUUCAUAGCUCUGUUAGCUGCAUAAGCUAAGCAGCUAACAGAGCUAUGUAGCUCAAGCUAAGCUCACAAAGCGUCUCCGUAAGCUACGUAUCUGUUAUCUGUGUAGCUACGUUUACUAAAGGUCCCAAUGCUAAAGCUAACUUAGCUAUAGAUAACAUAGCUAAAGUAGUUAAAGCUAGGCUCUCAAAGCAGCUGUGUAAGCAAUGUAGAUGUUUUCUAUGUCGCUAUGUUAGCUUAAGCUAGUUUUCUAAAGCUCACAUUCCUGAAGUUAACAUAGCUACUCUGGCUUAUGUAGUAAUGUUAAUUACAUAGCUAGCAUA